ACGAGAAGAGAGCGCCGCUAUGAGUGACCCCGUCGAUCCGCGGCCAGCCAUUGAGGAGUCUUGCAAGGGACAUUGUCAGAAAUAUUUGAAGGAGCUUGAAGCAUGCACAGAACGGGUCAACAAGAUUAUUGCUGAGGCAAAGCCAGGGGACGAGGUGCAAGCGCACUGCACAGGCCAAUACUUCGACUUCUGGCAUUGCAUCGACCAUUGUGCUGCUCCAAAGUUGUUUGCGAAGUUGAAAUAAGAAAGGCGGCUUUGAGAAGCACUGGCGAAAGAUGAUUUUCUCGGAACGUUCAUAACGGCGAAAUAAACUGAAAGACAGCGAC